GAGCAACCUUUCUUCCCCCCUCCAUCAUCACCAUCUCCACGGGGGCGCCACACGGUGUGUGUGUGUGUGUUGUUUGUCGGUCGAUGAGGAGGAGACCGAGUCGAGCCAGAAGUGAAGUGGGAGCAACGUGAGAGAAAGCAUCGCCGCCACCGCAACAACGAAUUAGGUGUACUGUUGCCGAAAGGGAAGGGAAAGCAAGAGGUGUGAGGGGGAAACCAGCCCGCGGCACACGCCUGUCGCACGGCGGCGUGUGUGUGUGUGUGAAACGUGGAGGGCAAAACCGCUACUAACAGCGCCCCACCACACCGUGUACGACCUGCUGCCACCCACCAACCUCAAAAUCGCGACCGCCCCCUGCCCCACGCUCUCCGUCCCUUCCCGGGCACAGAGGUGGUACCGACGAAACCAGACGAACUGGAACAAGCGGGGACAGCAGGCCGCGAGCGAGCGAGCAAAAUCUCUCCCCGCUACACCCCCCACCUACACCGCACAACCCGUGUGCCCCGUGGCCGAUCGUGCACGGGCGGCGAUCGUCGCACCACCCUUCCCUCUGCGGUGCGCGGUGCGAGUCAGCGAAGAAGCAUUGGCCAAGAAGUGAACUAUAACGAAACACACUCAGGUUCUCGUGGACUAUGGAUCCAAUAUUCUUUUCUCCCUCCAAUGGAGUUCCUUCAGAGAGCAAGCUGGCAACGUACAUGAGUCGUCAAAACGGAACGACUGCCGCGUACGGACUGCCGAUGGGUCUCUCCAAGAUAACGCUCGAUUCUCCCAUAUCGCUCAAAAAAACACAGGUGACACCACAAUCGCCCGAAUUCAUUCCAAACAAUCGACUGAGCACGUCCUCGUCGCCGAACUUUUACUCGUCCUACUCGAUACUUAGCAGCAGCAAUGGCAGCGCCGGCAGCAACGGCAGUACGGCCGUUGCCGCCGCCCAACCGCCGUCCCAGCAGGCCACCGUCGUACCGGCGGCGGUGCUGUCCUCGGUAGUGAAGAGCGGCGGGGUCGUCACCAACGGUGGCUACGUUGGGCCGGGUGGCGGCGGACCCGUACCGGGCAACAUACUGGCCGGUGCACUCAGCAGCACAUCCGCCUUUGCGGUCACACCGAUCAAGGGACGAAACAUGCUGCGAAACGAAUCACCGCAAAGUACUAAUACAUCUCCCCGUAUUACGCCCCAACCUUCACCACCGCCAAUUACCACCAACAUUCAUCAAGAAAAUGUUGGUGGCACUACGUACUUCUAUCCAACGGCAGCCAACCAUCAGCUGUCGUCGAGCAGUACAGUUAACACGACUGAUAACUCCUUUGUCCACAUAGCAAGCUCACAAAUUAAUAUAAGUUACACCCAUCCAGGACAUGUUUACCCGGGACCUGCAUCGCACGUGAUCAACAUGCAAUCGAAGGCACAAGUGUCGGCCGCAUUCUUCAUGCAGGACGAGCUGCGGAACGACAUUUUAGCGCGAAACGAACUCAUCAACAGUAUCGAGAGCGACGGUCAAGAUAUACCUCUGGAAGUGGAAAACUAUCACUCGCUGUGUUUGCUCGAGUCGGUACAGCUGCACACGAAGCUGGCACCGUCGUCCACGUACCGGGCAACGCAUGCAGUUACCGGCGUUAAGUACUGCCUGCGGCGUCUUCAUGGUUUCCGUCUACAGUCCACCAAAUGUGUGCAGGUGGUGGAUAAGUGGAAGAAGCUGCAGCACACAAACAUUGUGCAGCUGCGGGAAGUCUUUACCACGAAAACUUUCGGUGAUAAUUCUUUAGUAAUGGUGUACGACUAUCAUCCCGGGUCACAGACGCUGCUCUCCAAGUACUUCACAUCCGUUCCGGAAACGAACGGCUACACCGACCCGUUCGCCGGCGAAGCUCGUCCCUUCAGCCACAAAAGUUCUCUACAUCGUACAGCCGCCACGUCACUCCUGCCAGAGAAUGAAAUAUGGUCAAUUAUCAUACAGCUGAGUGCGGGUCUGCGUGCGAUACACCAGGCCGGGCUAGCGUGCCGUACGUUAGAUCCGACGAAAAUCAUUGUGACCGGCAAACGGAUACGGUACAGCUGUGUGGGCAUAUCGGACAUCUUCUCGUUCGACCCGAACCAACCAAACCCGCUCACGGUGUUAGAUCAUCACCAGCAGGAGGAUCUAUUGGCACUGGGAAAGCUAAUACUGGCGUUAGCUUGCCGUUCCUUACAAUCGGUCCAGCGGGAUCAAAUACAAAGCAGCGUCGAGCUCGUCUCCCGUCACUACUCUUCUGAUCUUAGAAAUAUUCUAAUAUGUUUGCUGAACACGAAUACCCGCCGCUCGGUGACGGAGAUCAUGCCCAUGAUCGGUGCCCGAUUCUACGUGCAGCUCGACGCACUCCAAGCCCAAUGUGAUAUACAGGAGGAUGAACUGGCGAAAGAGAUGGAGAACGGUCGACUGUACCGGCUGCUCGUGAAGCUCGGUUGCAUCAACGAACGGCCAGAGCUAAAUCUGGACGUGACGUGGUCGGAAACAGGCGAUCGCUACAUGUUGAAACUGUUUCGGGACUAUCUCUUCCACACCGUCACCGAGGAUGGCCGCCCGUGGCUGAACCAGUCCCAUAUCGUACAGUGCCUCAACAAGCUGGAUGCUGGCACGAUGGAAAAGGUUCAACUUAUGUCCCGUGACGAACAAUCAGUAUUAGUGGUGACCUAUGCUGAGCUGAAGCACUGUCUCGAUCAGGCAUUUUCCGAGCUGGUAGCAGCCAGCGAAGGUUCCGUCUAGUGGCCAACCGGCACUGCAUGGCCGCCGCCGUCGCUGCCCCCCUCACGCUGCACCGGAUGAAGGGCGAAAGAAGGCUGGCUGCUGCUCUGGCGUGCAGCAGCGAUCAAUCCAUCUUCUCCUUUCACUUUUUCGUGUGCGUGUGGCUUGUGUGUGUGUGUGUGCAGUGCAGUUGCUCCUUCUCUACGCCCGCGUUUACGUCCCCACAGCCACCUCUCCCCCCUUCCAUCAAAUCCCGCCAAACGGUCCGAUCUCUCCGUUUUUUUCCUACAAUUACUGUAUUAGGUUGUGUCGUGUACUUGUUUCUAAUUUCAGCCAAUGAGUUUUCUCUCUUUCUCUCGUUACUUUUUUUCUUGCAGAACUGCAAUUCACAUGAAAUAAUGCGCCAAUAAUGCUCGCCCAAUUACCGGGUGGUAAAGUGUGUUUGUGGCAGGAAAGGAGGAAAGAGUAUUAUUAUUCUUUUUUGCAAUCUUCCACCAUACCGAAUGUUUCGAAAACAGGGAAAAAGUACAUUGUUUGUUGAAAGCGUGUUAAAGUUAUAGACUGAUCGAAACACAAAGAAACAAAACACAAGAAAA